AUGCGCACCACAGCUGUGACCCUCCGCCGCAAGGCGUGGCCCCAGGGGUGGGUCCAGGUCACUACACCGGCCCUGAGGAAUCGCACAGCUGUGCCACCACAUGAGUCCUUUGGCUUCAAGGUGGCGGUGAUUGCAUCCACCGUGAGCUGUGCCAUCCUCCUCCUCCUAUCUAUGACCUUCCUCACCUGCUGCCUCCUCACGUGCAUGAAAAGCAGCGAACAGAGGCACUCGGACAGGUUGGCCCAGUUGUGGAACCAGCUGAGGGGUGACCACCUGGAGAUGGUGCAGGCCGCCUACCUCGGCCUCAAGGGCCGCAGCAUUAACAGCAGCAGCAAGCCCAGGAGGGUCAGCCAGGCACACGGCAACCACAGCUUCACGGCAGACCAUGGCGAGAGCACCCGUGAGCUGGCCAACCUGACCCACAGUGUGAACAAGGACCCUGGGCCCCCAGGCCCAGACCUCUGA